AUGGCUCUCCCGGGCCGCGGACGGUCACCGACUUCGCCGCUCCUCUCCCUCGUGAUCUUUCCGUUCUUAAUUUUCCUCAUCAGUUUCACCAGUCCAGUUACCGCGGCUGGAUCAGCUGUUCUUGGCCUCGAUGUGGGCACCGAGUAUUUCAAGGCCGCAUUAGUGAAGCCUGGUAUUCCCCUCGAGAUCGUGCUCAGCAAGGACUCGAAGCGCAAGGAGUCGGCAGCCAUCGCGUUCAAGCCGACAAGAGAGAGUGAUGCUCCCUUCCCGGAACGAUUCUAUGGCGGGAAUGCGCUGGCUCUGGCGGCUCGGUACCCGGACGAUGUGUACAGCAACUUGAAGACUCUCUUGGGCGUGCCUUUCAACGACGGACAGGAGGAGGCGGUCAAGACCUACUGGAGCCGGUAUCCAGCUUUGAACCUUGAGACUGCUCCCGAUGGCCGUGGAUCUGUUGCGCUGCGCAGCAACCGCCUUGGUGAAGCACAGAAGAAGGACGCGUUCUUGGUCGAGGAGAUCCUGUCCAUGCAAUUGAAGGAGGUCAAGUCGAACGCUGACGCUUUAGCCGGUAAGGGUUCUGAUGUCCGCGAUGUGGUCAUCACGUAUCCCGCUUUCUAUACUGCGGAGGAGAAGAGGAGCCUCGCAUUAGCCGCCGAAUUGGCUGGUUUGAAGAUCCAGGCUCUUGUCAGUGAUGGUCUGGCUGUCGGUCUCAAUUAUGCCACCAGUCGCAAGUUCCCUAGUGUCUCGGAUGGCGAGAAGCCAGAGUAUCACAUCGUCUACGAUAUGGGUGCUGGGUCGACAACCGCCAGUGUGUUGCGCUUUCAGAGUCGCAAGGUCAAGGAUGUUGGGAAAUUCAACAAGACUGUUCAAGAGAUUCAUGUCCUGGGAACUGGUUGGGACAAGACUCUUGGAGGAGACUCUCUGAACGAUUUGAUUGUCAACGACAUGGUCGCCAAGUUGGCAGAGGACAAGAAGUUGAAGGACAAGGUUACUCCGGAGCUCAUCAGGGCCCACGGAAAGACUAUGGCUAGGCUCUGGAAGGAUGCAGAAAAGAUCCGCCAGGUUCUGAGCGCCAACACCGAAACUUCUACCACCUUGGAGGGUCUGUAUGAUGAGGAACUUAACUUCAAGUACAAGCUCAGCCGCGCCGACUUCGAGAAGAUGGCCGCCGUUCAUGUAGCUCGCAUUGGCACUCCUCUAGAGCAGGCUCUCGCAACCGCUGCCUUGAAGCUUGAUGAUAUUGACUCUGUUGUUCUUCACGGCGGAGCUAUCCGUACUCCUUUCGUUCAGAAGCAGCUCGAAAAGCUUUGUGGAUCGUCCAAGAAGCUCCGCACCAAUGUCAACGCUGAUGAGGCAGCCGUCUUCGGUGCCGCCUUCAAGGGUGCGGCCCUCAGCCCCAGCUUCCGUGUCAAGGACAUCCGUGCCAGUGACGCGGCCACCUACCCAGUUGUCCUGAAAUGGAACUCGGAUGGCAAGGAGCGGAGCCAGAAGCUAUUUACUUCUACCUCCCAGGUCGGCCCUGAGAAGCAGGUCACCGUGAAGAACUUGGAUGACUUUGAGUUCAGCUUCUACCAGCAGGUAGAGGACCAAGGUCUGCCUGUUCUGAGCGUCCAGACCCAGAACCUAACCGCCUCCGUCAACAAGCUGAAGGAUACCUUUGGUUGCACGGCUGGCAACAUCACGACUAAGUUCAACAUUCGCUUGAGCCCUGUCAACGGUCUCCCUGAAGUGACCAGCGGCAAUGUUAGCUGCGAAGUUGAGGCCGAGAAAAAGGGCAGCGUUGUCGAAGACGUCAAGGGCUUCUUCGGUCUUGGUUCCAAGAAGGGUGAACAGGAGCCUCUUGGUGAGGAGGGCGAAGCCAGCGAGUCUAUAACCCUGGAGCCCGAAGCCGAGUCUUCGACUACCUCUUCUGCUAGCUCUUCUACUACGACCACUACCAAGGAUAACACCAAGGCAACUAGCCAGACCAAGCUUGAGAUCAUUCCCAUCAGCUUGAAGUCGACCCCUCUUGGAACCCAGGCCCCCUCGGCCGCGGAGCUGACCCGUAUCAAGGGCCGUUUGUCCGCUUUCGAUGCCUCGGACCGGGAUCGUGUUCUGCGUGAGGAGGCUCUCAAUGAGCUUGAGGCCUUCAUCUACAAGAGUCGUGACCUGAUUGACAACGAGGAGUUUGUCAAGGCUGUCCCGGAGGAUCAAUUGAUACUUCUCCAGGAGAAGGUUGCUCAGGCGAGCGACUGGCUCUAUGAGGACAGCGAUAAUGCCAAGACGGCGGACUUCCAGUCGAAGCUGAAGGACCUGAAGAACAUCGUCAACCCUGCUCUGAAGCGGGUUAAGGAAUCUUCUACUCGCCCCGCCCGCGUCCAACUCCUCCAGGACAUGCUCAAAAACGCCGAGUCCAUGAAGCAGCUGAUCGAGAGCCAAAUCGCCAACGAUGAGCAGACCUAUUCGUCCUUGCUUUCAGCCUCGAGCACAUCAACCGCCGAGGAGUCAGAGCCUAGCUCCGAAGCUACCCCAACGCCCUCGGCUUCUGAUGAUAACUUAGACGACCUCGAUGAUGACUCCUACUCAACCUCCGGCUCUUCCAAGUCCUCUACCAAGUCCUCGGCCGCGGCCAAGCCCACCGGUCCGAAGUACACCCUUUUCACUCCCACCGACCUCACCUCCCUGACCACAAUCUACGAGUCCACCAAGCCCUGGCUCGAGACCCAACUCGAGCUGCAGGAGAAGCUCACCGAGUCGGACGACCCCGCCCUCACGGUUGUUGAGAUCGACUCGCGGCUACGGGAGUUCGAGCGCGUCCUGAACCGCAUGUAUGAGCGGAUGACUGCCGCCGCUGGCCGCGAGGCCAAGAAGACCAGUUCCAAGCAAAAUAAGAAGAAGGCUUCUGAAGAGAAGGGUAAGGGCAAGGAUAAGGUCAAGGAGGACAAGAAGAAGACGAAGGAGGAUACGAAGGAUGAGCUGUGA